AUGCAAUCGUCCAGCUCAAGUGCUUCCAGCAGUAGACAUGUGUCAAUCGUGGAACUUUUGUCCACGCCUCCCAAUGCCAACACGAAUAAUAGCCUGGCUUCAGGACCCUCGAACGGUAAUCUGAGCGCAGGUACGAACGGAAUUGCGCCAAAUAUCAGUUUGACUUCCGCUUCGAAUCCAAGUCUAAUCAACAAUUCAAAUUCAAACCCAAACAUGAGCCCAGGUCUCAACGGGAACGACAUCGAUAGUAUCAGCAGCGGUAUCAGCAGCACCAGCGCGACGAGUCUCGCCAGUUUGCACCAGCAAGCCGCAGCCGCAGGCGUAGAAAACUCUCUCCCGGAAUACCAACAACAACAGCAGCAGCAGCAGCAACAGGCGAACGCAUUCAUGUCCCCCUCACCGGCCCUCUCAGCCCUCGAUUCGCACACUGUGUCGCGUACCAACUCAGAAUCGUCCUUCGACACCCAGCUCUCGAGAAUCCACACCACCAAGUGGCAGCUCAUCCCCUUGUCGCAGCUCAUCGAACAAAACAAAUUGAUCUUCAUCAACGGAUCGAUGUCCGUCGAAGAGGCGUUCAACACCUUGGUCAAACACAACUUGACGUCGUUGCCCGUCGAAAAGUUCCCAGACGACAUGGACUGUCUCACCUUCGACUACAACGACUUGAACUCGUACUUGCUCUUGGUACUCAACAAGAUCACCGUAAACAACGCAGAAGUCACCAGACAGUGCCAGCUGGGACAACCGGUCCCCGUCGGAGAAAUCGUCAAGCUCACCCCGAAAAACCCCUUCUACAAAUUGCCCGAGCAAGAAAACUUGUCCACCGCAAUGAUGAUCCUUGGAUCUGGUGUCCACAGAGUCGCCAUCACCAACCAGGAAAAUACAAAGAUUAAAGGUAUCCUAUCGCAGCGCAGACUGAUCAAGUACCUCUGGGACAACGCCAGAUCGUUCCAGAACUUGGAACACCUGUUCCAAAAGACGUUGAAAGACCUCAAGAUUGGCGUAUUAGACACUCACGCAAAACCAACUACAAGGCAAUCAAGAAUUAUCUCCAUCCAGGGCGACGAAUUGUUGAUCAUGGCCCUCUUCAAGAUGCACACGGAACGUAUUUCCUCCAUCGCAGUAAUAGACCACCAGGGCAACCUCUUGGGGAACAUCUCCGUAACAGACGUCAAACACAUCACCAGAACCUCCCAGUACCCGCUCUUGCAGAACACCUGCUUGCACUUCAUCAGCGUCAUCCUAGACAAGAGAGGUAUCGAAAUGGGUAAGGACUCUUUCCCUAUCUUCCACGUGUAUCCAACCUCCUCCUUGGCAAGAACAAUCGCAAAACUAGUCGCUACAAAGGCUCACAGAUUGUGGAUCGUACAGCCUUCUGGCGAUACUCCGGUAGAUAGUGAAAAGGAUAAACGCUCCGGUAAAUUGAUCGGUGUCGUCUCUUUGACUGAUAUCUUGGGCUUGCUAGCAAGACACCAGACAGAGUUCAAACAAGUCGACCCGCUAACUGCAAGAAGACAAAGAGGAAGUAUCGUAUGA